AUGGACUUGCGCCUGCAGAAGCCGGCGUUUUGGGCCAGCCUCCACCUGCGCAGCGGCCUGCGCGGCUGGGACCUGGCCCGGGAGCUGGCCUUGGGCGCCACCUGCGACCAGCUGCCCCACGGUCAGGAGGGCGGCGGGGCGGAGGCUCGCGGGGGCGCCGCCUCCCCCUUCUCCCGGGCCAGCCCUUCGGGGCACGAGCAGCAGGCGAGAGGCACGUGCGGGGAAAGGGUGGGCGGCUGCCUCCGGGCGUGGCCGGCGGGUCUCCCCGCGCCCCACAGCACGGCCCUCCGCGGGGGCGGAGUCGGGGCCGAGCCAGCCCGGCGCCCACGCGAGGCUUUCCGCCCCCGGGCCUGCCCUCAGGGCCGCUUGGGGAGCCUGCAGAGGCGCUGGGAAUGGGCUGAAGGGGCCCCCGUACCAUGCCUCCUCUCCAGCAUCCAUCCCCUGGAGCCCAGCCUCUGGCGAGCACCCACGCGAGAUCCUGAGGAGAUGCCUCCGCCCUCUCCUGCCCUGAAGCAGAGGCCCUGGGAGCUGGAGCCACCGCUGCUGUUCAGCCAGGCAGAGACCCUCCACCCUUCCUCCCCGGGGGCCAGUGGUAAGCCAGCCCUGAAGAGGGGCCCAGGCAGCGCUGCCUGGCUGAGGGCCUGGGUCUUCCUCUCUCCUGCAGGGUCGGAGGUGCAGCCCCACCUGUGGAUGUGGGUGAACCCCAGCCUGGUCUGUCCGGUCCCUGGCCACGCCUCGGAGGUGGUGGGACCUUUCCCACUUGCUGGAUCCCUGCCUCCUCCCUCCUGCCUGGAUUUGCUCCCCUUGCCCACGGCCACUGGAGCCGAGAAGGUUCCUUGGGAAGAGGCUGCCUCUCAACCAGGCCCAGUGGUUCUUGAGAAGAUGGAGGGCACGUGUGGGUCCCCCCCAGUCCCCCGGAAAGCAAAGGUCCUUCGCUUCCGCAGCAGAAAACUGAAGAGGGCCCAGGGGGGCUGGCCUCGCCCGCCGCUCAAUUACUGCAUCCUCAUCAGCCUUGCCCUGAGCAGCAGCGCGGACAGCAGCUUGACUGUGCAGGAGAUCUACCAGUUCACAAGGCAGCACUUCCCCUUCUUCCGCACGGCCCCCGAGGGCUGGAAGAACACCGUCCGGCACAACCUGUGCUUCAGCAGCAGCUUUGAGAAGACCACUGACUUUGUGUGCCUUGAAGGGAACCGCAAGUCCCGCCUGUGGAGGCUGACCACCGAGGGGCGACGCAAGUUUCAGGAGGAGGCGCAAACCCUGACGGAGGACAUGGUGGGCUUGGUGCAUCAGAGCAUGGACAAGCCAGAAUUACUGCAGUCCCUCUUUGGCCUCUGAUUCUCCCUGGGGCUCAGUUACCUUGGAAGUAUGGUGGAGAGGAUGCAGAC